AUGAUCAAGUUUGUGGCGAUAUGGCUAGUGGCGUUUGCUGCGCCGUGUGCUGCACUAUGGGCUGACGGUUUGGGCAGAGCGGCGGCGGCCGCCGCAACUGCUCAGCCUCGAGCGCGAGAUGAGAGCAACCCGCUCCCACCGAUCGUACUCAUUCCCGGCUUGACUUCGUCCAACAUCUCUUACACUCUCUAUGACGCGCCUAACAUCGUGCCAGGCUGUCCCAGCACCGUCAGCACGCCCACGCCCAUGUGGCCGACAGAUCAAGUCCGCUUCAACACCAGCCGGGAUUUGGUCUGCUGGUUCGAAAACCUGGCCACCAUCUACAAUCCGCUCAAUCAACAGUUUGGCCCGCGCCUGGUUGAGCACGCCUACAACCAGUCGGGUGGACGCAAGGUGACCCUCAUAUCCGUAUCUUGGGGGCCACAAGCUACCCUCGCCUUCUUGCACCGCAUGACUCAAAGCUGGAAAGACAAGUACCUGAGCAUGUUUAUUGCCGAGUCGCCGCUUUGGUCAGGCUCGCCUCUGAGUCUUCUGACCAUGACCAGCGGUUACGAGGCGCCCGGUGUUCCGAACGCGCGCUUAUUCAUGCGAGAAGUCGCAACUCUCGUGCAUGUCAUUAUGGACAUUUUUCCUCGUGCCGGAACCUCAAACACCACCUUUACACGCGAAGAAGUCAUCAUCGAGACGCCCACUCGCAAUUACACGGCCUUUGACGCAGAGGCGCUACUCGAGGACCUGGGCUAUGGCUAUAAGCUUCCAGCGCUGCGCAACAUUCAGAACAACUCGGAUCUGGGUGAGCUGCUGGAUCCGGGUGUGGAUACGUUCAUUCAGUACGGCUACGACAUUCCGACGCCUGGUAUGAACAUCUUGCAAAGACGAGAAGAGAGAGAUGCGCUUUUUUUGGAAGCUCGCUGUGGCGUCGCGACUGGUUGA